AUGUUCUCCAGAACGCUCAGGAAGAGCGUGUUUACGCCGGUGCGGCGCAAUGCCUUUGCACCGUUGGCGCGACGAGCUGUCACCACCGACGCAGCUUCAUCGCAUGCGGAAAACCUACCGGAGAAAGAUGAAGAGCCCUUCGAGGUCCAACUCUCCGACGAGAGCUUCGAAACCUAUGAGCUCGACCCGCCGUCCUACACCCUCCACACAACGAAGAAAGAGCUCAAGCAGAUGUACUACGACAUGGUAGCAGUCCGCCGCAUGGAAAUGGCCGCCGACCGGCUGUACAAAGAGAAGAAGAUCCGCGGUUUCUGCCAUCUCUCGACAGGCCAGGAAGCCGUCGCCGUCGGCAUCGAGCACGGCAUCACGAAGAAAGACCACGUCAUCACCGCGUACCGCUGCCACGGCUUCGCGCUCAUGCGCGGCGGCACAGUCAAGCAGAUCAUCGGCGAGCUGCUGGGCCGGAGAGAGGGUAUCGCUUACGGCAAGGGUGGUUCUAUGCACAUGUUCGCUACGGGCUUCUAUGGCGGCAACGGUAUCGUCGGUGCGCAGGUGCCGGUUGGUGCUGGCAUUGCAUUCGCGAACCAGUACGAGGGCAAGGAGAAUGUGACGCUGGCGCUAUAUGGUGACGGUGCGAGCAAUCAGGGUCAGGUGUUCGAGGCUUUCAACAUGGCGAAGCUGUGGAAUCUUCCCGUCAUCUUCGGCUGCGAGAACAACAAAUACGGUAUGGGCACUGCCGCCAAUCGCUCCUCCGCCAUGACCGAGUACUACAAGCGUGGCCAAUACAUCCCCGGUCUCAAGAUCAACGGCAUGGACGUCCUUGCCGUGAAGAACGCUGUUGAGUUCGGCAAGCAAUGGUGCAAAGAGGGCAAGGGACCGCUUGUCUACGAGUUCGUGACAUACCGAUACGGCGGCCACUCGAUGAGUGAUCCCGGUACGACCUACCGCACCCGCGAAGAAAUCCAACGCAUGCGCAGCACCAACGACCCCAUCGCCGGGCUGAAGCAAAAGCUCCUCGACUGGGAAGCCUGCACCGAGGACGAGCUGAAGUCCAUCGACAAGGAGGCGCGCAGCAUGGUCGACGCCGAGGUCGCCGAGGCAGAGAAGAUGGAGCCGCCGGAGCCGACCCCGCAGAUCCUGUACGAGGACGUCUAUGUGCGGGGUAGCGAGCCCCCAUUCUUAAGGGGACGUAUCCCGGAGGAGAACUUCUAUUACGAGAAGGCGGACAUUCCACCCAGGAGUAAGGAGGACUAUGUGACGAGGACGUAG